GUCAUUUUAGCCUCGGUGAAUGUUUCUCUCUCCUCAUGAGAGAUGAGUACAUGAACUGAAUAGAAUGUGCGAGCUUUGUUUUGUACACACAAAAAGGCCUCUGAUAAGAACAUUGUAGUUCAUCAUCCUUUCUUUUGUUUGUCAACUACAGAAACCUUCUGUGUAUCUUUUGAUCAGUGCGCUAGAAACUGACGAGUACUCGUAAGGCUUCAAAAUGGUACAUAUUAAAUCUGUUCCAAUCCCAGAGGAUUAUGACAUCUCCAAGCGGAGAGGUUUCCUUCCCGACCAGGAUCCGCUGCAAAAUCUAUCGUCAUACUAUGCCUCAUGGGAUGCCGCUGUUAAGCAGCUUCCGUCCUAUCUUUUGGCAGGCUGCACUCGCAAGCAACUCGAUCGCAUUCCGCUGUUGAGUACCGAUCAACUGACAACCGAAGCUGAGUUUCAACGAGCCUACUCUGUGCUGUGUAUGCUAUCACAUGCGUACGUCUGGUGUGAUGGAGAAACAUCGCCGUGCAAAGUACUACCAGCUAACCUGGCCGUGCCAUGGGCGGCAGUCUCGGCACAUCUUGGCGGAAAGCCUAUACUCACCCACUCGGCUGUGGUGAUGUACAACUGGCACCUGAUCGAUUCUGAGGGCCCUGCGGAUCUGACUAAUCUGGCUGUGAAUCACACAUUCAACGGUUGUAAUGAUGAGGCGUGGUUCUACUUGGUCACUGUAGCCAUAGAGGCUCUGGGUGGUCCAACAGUGCAGGCGAUCGUUAACGGCAUGCACGCUGUCAACGAACUGGACGCGGAAAAGGUGGCUGCCCAUAUGCACGUGCUUGCGGACUCUAUAGAGAGCAUGACCAAUAUUAUCCUUCGCAUGUUUGAGAAGUGCGAUGCUACUGUGUAUUACAGAGACAUUCGGCCUUUCUUCGGUGGGUGGCGGGGUAAUCCAGUGCUACCCAAUGGCCUCGUAUAUGAAGGUGUGAGCGACAUUCCAUUUGAGUAUGCCGGUGGCAGUGCCGGUCAGUCUUCUCUGCUACAAGCCAUCGACAUAGCAUUGGGAAUACACCACAGCCCCACAAACGUGUGUCCCAUGCAGGAAGCAACUGUACUGGAUACACCCUCUGCCUCUGAGAGCGAGCCCGAUGCCGAUGCAGAAGACACCGAUACGGAUCUCGACGGCAAUAUGAAUGAGGAACAUCUGGCAAAGCUCAGACACACCCCUGCAGUGGACGCAGAGUGCUCCUAUAUGUCUACUGUGCGUGCGUACAUGCCUCGCAAGCAUCGCCAUUUUCUCAGCGCAUUGGGAAAGGCGCCCAGUCUGCAUGAUUUUGUAAAGUCGCCACACGGGUCAGACGAGGCUAGGGCUGCGUUUGAUCGCGCCGUUCUUGCUUUGUCGCAGUUUCGCACUAAACAUAUACAGUUGGUCUCCACUUACAUCGUCAUUCCGGCCAGCAAAAAGAGCUCUACUAUCGCAAGUUACCGCGGUACGGGAGGUUCGUCGAUCAUGCCUUUCUUGAAACAAGUGCGUACGGAGACACUCACCCAGCUGACUCAGUGCCCGCAUCCACGGCCAUAAGUGCUUCACAUCCGAAGGAAUGAUUGCACAAAUAUACAAACCAGCGAGGACAGAGAGAUCUUUUCGAUUUCAUGCUGAAUAUGUCCGGGAAAGCAGCGUGUCUUGCGCCGCUGGGACUUUGCGUCCUGCUGGUUUGCACCCAGUAGCACAAUGCUAGGGAGCUGCCUUCAGGCCGUGCGCAGAAGACAUCAUCUCCUUUUGAUAUCUAUAUAUAUAUCUGAGGUCUAUCAUCUGGUCUAUUGUACAACAUUAGACUUGUGAUAUAUCACUUGACCUGUUAUCCUUUGAUAUCCAUCGGUCGAGCAAGUUGAAUCGGAACUUUUGAGCAUACCACGGUUGACAAAACGUUGUUUAUAGCGUGUCCCCUGGUGCGAAAUGCUCGAGUACCGAUAUCUCCGUUGGUCUGACCAAGGAGAGUCUGUCUGUCACUACGAAUUGCUAUAGCUUUUCGUGUUAUAUUUCCUAUCGAUGUUGUCUCAUUCGAGACAAACAACUCUACGUUCGGUACUCGCUUUCAUCAUGUAUAUGAUUCAGCGUGUGUACUUGCUUGGGUACGGUAGUCUUCGCACUCGCGAAGCACCUUGCGACUUCCGUCGCAAUAUCGAUAACACAAGCAGACGACCGAUUGAUGAAUAAAAUGUCGAGGUUGUACUAUAUA